ACAAAACUUACACGGUCACUCUCUGUCUCAGUGUGUAAGUGCAGGAAAAUGGCUGAGGCCAGUAUUUCAGUAGAUCAGUUUUCAGUGGAUCAGUUCAUCUGUCCAGUGUGUCUGGAUCUCCUGAAGGAUCCGGUGACUAUCCCCUGUGGUCACAGUUUCUGUAAGGUGUGUAUUAAUGGCUGCUGGGAUCAGGAGGAUCAGAAGGGUGUCUACAGCUGUCCUCAGUGCAGAGACACUUUCACUCCAAGGCCUGUUCUACGCAGAAACAACAUGCUGGCUGAAGUGGUGGAGAAACUGAAGAAGAAGACUGAAGUCCAAGCUGCUUCUCCUGCUCACUGUUACGCUGGACCUGGAGAUGUGGAGUGUGAUUUCUGCACCGGGAGAAAACACAAAGCCGUGAAGUCCUGUCUGGUGUGUUUAGCUUCAUUUUGUGGAACUCAUCUGAAACCUCAUUAUGAAGUUUCUUCCUGGAAACAACACACAUUAAUUGAAGCUUCAGCAAAACUUCAGGAGAUGAUCUGCUCUGAACAUAACGAAGUGCUGAAGAUCUACUGCCGUACUGAUCAAACCUGUAUCUGUUAUUUGUGUACUAUGGAUAAUCACAAAGGACACGACACCGUCACAGCCGCAGCAGAAAGAGCUGAGAAACAGAGUGAGUUAAAGGAGGAGCAGAUGAAAUCCCAGCAGAGAAUCCAGGAGAAGCAGAAGAUGGUGCAGGAGCUGAAACAGGCUGUGAACACUAUAAAGCUGAGUGCACAGACAGCAGUGGAGCACAAUGAGAGGAUCUUUACUGAGCUGAUCAGCUCCAUGGAGAAAAAGCGCUCGGAGGUGACGGAGCUGAUCAGAGCUCGGGAGAAGACUGAACUGAGUCGAGCUGAACGACUCCUGGAGCAACUGGAGCAGGAGAUUGCUGAUCUUCAGAGGAGACUCACUGAGCUGGAGCAGCUUUCACACACACACGAUCACAUCCAGUUCCUCCAGGCUUUAACUUGUGAACGUCAGUCUCCUCCCGGGCACAGAUCAGAGCUUCAGACAUCCAGCAACAGUGUCCAUCAACAUCUCUCAUUUGAUGGAGUAAGGAAUUCUCUCUCAGAUCUGAAGAAGAGACUCGAGGAAUUCUGUGAGGAGGAAUUCAACAAAAUCCCUCCACAUGUAGUUCAGAUCUUUUCACCACCAGAACCACAGAGGAGAGAAGAUUUUCUAAAAUAUUUCUGUUAUCUGACUCUGGAUCCCAACACGGCACAUCGUGACCUCAUUCUGUCUGAGAAGAACAGAGCGGUGAGAUUUAGUGGAAGAAACCAGCAGUACUCUGAUCAUCCAGAGAGAUUUGAUUUCUGUUGGCAGGUGUUGUGUAAGGAGAGUUUGUGUGGACGCUGUUACUGGGAGGUGGAGUGGAGCCGUGGUGUGUCCAUAUCAGUCUCGUAUAAAGACAUCAGCAGGAAAGGAUGGGGUAAUGAAUGUGGGUUUGGAUUUAAUGAUCAGUCCUGGAGUCUGCAGUGUUUUUCUUCUUCUCUCUCUUUCUAUCACAACAACAUUAAGACUGAACUCGGCGCUCCAUCAUCCUCCAGAAUAGGAGUGUAUGUGGAUCACAGUGCAGGAACUCUGUCCUUCUACAGCAUCUCUGACACGAUGAAGCUCCUCCACAGAGUCCACACCAAAUUUACUCAGCCUCUGCGUGGUGGGAUAGGGCUCAUUUACAUAGGUCCUUCUGUGAGACUGUGUGAUCGAGAAUAAAGUGUGUAGUGUUUUAUGUAAAAUUCCCACACAUUGUCAAAUUGUUGCCCAGUCACCUGUCUCACUUACACACACUUAUAUAUAUAUAUAUAUAUAUAUAUAUUUAGAGGUUAAACUAAAUUUAUCAUUUUCAGAAGAGCUAUUGCUUAGGUGUACAGUAUGUUAGAGUGUGUGUGUUCCAAAUCUAAUGUGACCAGGAGAAGCUCUUACUGAAGAUGAAUGAAGGAAGGAAUUAAAAAUGUUUAUGUGAAAUGAUUUUAAAUAAGAAAGAGUUUUUUGUGCACCAUGGAGUCAGACUUUCACCUGAUAUACAGAAUUCACAGAGUACAGGAGACAUAUCCUAAGUUUUCUGUUCAUAGUAGAUGAUGAUAAUGGAUUACAGUAACACGUGUAACCAGGGACAUGUCUCUGCACUUUCACACACGUCAUUUUGACCAUAACACAGCUUUUUACACUGCAUGUGUGUAUUACUUUUUUUUUUCUACUUUUUAAUGACUUUAUUAUAUAUUUGAAAUAGACACAAAUUAAUAAAGAUUUAAUUUAAUGUAAGGUUACUGCGUUCCUACUAGUACACAUCACACACACUCACUUUAUUUGGUAACCCAGAUAGCACAAUGCCGAAGGGCCAACGGCAAUGCAUACAUUGGGCCAAUGCAUCAUUGUUUACCCCAAUGUCAUUUUGUCCAGCUCAACUUUGGCUAAUUAGCGGGGCCAAAGAUAGUUUGGCCCAACAUUGGCACAACAUUGGUGCAGUAAAUAAUUUAUCUACAUAAAAGAUAAAGUUAGAAAUUAAAUUAGACUCUUUUCAUCAUUGUCAAUGAGAAGAAAACAUUUAUAUCUUAUAUCUUUAUUUUUAUCUUAUACUGUAUCUGUAUUUAGUUACUUUAUUGUGUUUAUAUAUGUGAUAAAAUGAUAAAAAAUAUGAAACUUAGAAACUUAGAAAAUAUAUGUAACUUAGUGGCCAGUAGAUAGAGUGGACAGCUUCGGAAACCUCAGUGUUCACAUCAUGCAGGACCGGUCAUGGUCAUGUUACAUCAACACGGUGGUGAAAAAGACCUGGCAUGAUCUCUACCACCUUAGACACUUGAGAGACUUCAGACUCCCUCCAGGGUGCUCAGGAAUUUCUAAUCCUGCAUCAUAGAGAAAAUCCUGAUUAGAAACAUCACAACCUGGUUCAGGAAUAUCACCAUGCAGGACAGACAAAUUCUACAGAGGGUUGUGUGAUCAGCUGAGCACAUUAUCCGCACCGAGCUCCCUGACCUGCACUCAAUCUACAGCAAGCAGUGCUGGACCAAGGCCAGGGACAUCGUGAAGGACCUCAGCCACCCCAACAAUGAACUGCUCUCUCUGUUGCAGUCAGGAAAGUGAUUCCGCUCCCUGCGGGCCAAUACGGAGAGACUGAGGAGGAGAUUUUCCAACAGGCGACACGGUCUCUUAAUCAGAACACCAUGCAUGACUGAAUUAUUUUGCACGUACCCACUUAUGGACAUUUGUCUUUUUGCCCUCAUUCUGAACAUUUAUGGACACUGAACAUCUGAACAUUUACACAUUUCUAUUUAAUUUUUUUUACUCGUUGCACAUAAGUCACUUUAAAUAAGACAUAUUUAUUCAUAUUUGUACCCCCCUGCCCCCCGAACAUUUCUAUUUAAAUCCCACUUCAUUUCCAUACUAAAGUUUCCAUUUUUUUCUAUAUUUGUACAGAAGUCUCUUCUCCAUAUUUGUACAGCUAGAUUUUCCUAUGUUUUUUAUUUUUUUAUUUUUUUAUAUAGUAUAUUUUGUCUUAUCUUCUAUGGAUAUGUUUUUUUUUUAUCUUAGCUAAAUGUAUUUUCCAUUUUAUUUAUUUUUAUGCAGAUUCAUUUCCUACUAAUAAAAUUUUAU